GAAUGGAUUAAACCCAUUAAUCUAUCGGAUAUAUUGAAAAAUCGAUGAAAUCUGGGGGUUAAUUGAAACAAACAAAACUAUUUGGAUAAAACCGAGAUACCAGGGGAAAAUUAAACUAUACCCAUAAAAAACAUUACUUGCGUGCGAGGAAAAGCAGUUACCGAGCAAUUAUUUGUUGUUGCUAAAAGAAGCGAAGAUGAAGAGAAUCCAGUGUAGUAUAAUUCUUAAUCGGACAACGAUUGGGUUAUUUUUGUUGUUGGUCGCGUUAGCAAAUGAAUUGAAGGUAACCGAAGCAUCGAAUUCAGCUUCAGCUUUCGUUCAAAACGUUAUCUACUCCAACAAGAUCGUCAUCUUCUCCAAAUCUUACUGCCCGUAUUGUUUGCGUGCCAAGCGUGUGUUCAGUGAACUGUAUGAGAAACCUUUUGCCGUGGAGCUUGAUCUUCGAGAUGAUGGAGGUGAAAUUCAGGAUUAUCUGCUUGAUUUAGUUGGCAAGCGCACUGUCCCUCAAAUAUUUGUGAAUGGCAAGCAUAUUGGUGGAUCUGAUGAUCUCAGAGCUGCCGUCAAGAGUGGUCAACUGCAGAAACUUCUAGGCACGGAGUAGUGGAAAUGCUGGAAUCUGAUUAGGAGCUGCAUCUGGUAUUGAAGUCCAAUGGAGCUUGAAGUGUUUAUCAUAACUUGAUAAGGUUCUGUUUUUGUAGAGCCAUGUUAACAACACAUUGUGUUGAUAUAGGGUUGAUUUUGUCCUUUAUUUUGAAAUUGUGAGUUGAAG